AUGACAUCAUUUAUUCAUGCAUGCAUUUUUAUCUUAUGUGUUAACUUCUGUCUUGGUCUUCAGUGUACGUAUCCAGUUCAUAUACAACUGUCAGCAUACGAACUUACCUUGCCGAAUAUCGAAGCAAGAUUAAAUAACUUGAGACGUACUGGUGGAGCGAUUUGCGAAGUACACAUGGAAUUCGAUUGUACUACUCGAAUUUUAUCGAUUGAAUUCAAGCAAUCCACGGAAGCUGUACACCUUCGUUCGAUUGAAAAUGUGUACAUACAUACUAUGAAAUCCUUCAUAUCAGACAAAUCAACAAAUCAAACAACAACAAAAACAAUCAUAGAUCUACUGUGCUACAGCAAUGAUCGAUGUGAUCAGAAGUUUAUCCUUGAAUAUUUUAGUCAAAUAAUCCGGAUACAUCAUUCCUAUUGGACAUCCAUUAUUCGACCAUUGCUAACUACGGGAAAUAGUAAAAAAGAUGAAUGUAUGAUCGGUAUUGAAAAUCAGACGAAACUUUGCCCUAACAAAGCAUGCUCAUGGUACUAUUCAACUGAUACGAAAUUUAAUGAAGGUAAAUGUGAGAAUAUCGACGAUCGGAUGCUGCCUAUGCUUAAAUUCAAUAUUAUCGUAAAGUUAUAUGAAAGACAAGCAAAUUCGAAUGAUAAUAUGAAACCGGCAGCAAUUCGAGCUAUUUUCGAUCACUCUUCAUCUAUACAGUUCUCGUGUAAAUUCAGUAACUGCAACAGUCAGUAUAACGGCAAACUAAUUCAACAAGUUCUACAACAGCACGAUGAUUUUUGGAAAAUGUACAAAGUUUGUAGUGGCUAA